AUGACUUCUCAUGAGCUGGAGGCAUGGCUCCGUGAGUCGCACACGCUGUCUGAAUGGUACACGAGCCAAUGGGACAACUUUGUGAAAGAUCCUCAACGGCCUCGUGGUCCCUGGCCGGCUCUAGCAGAUCUGGCGCACCAAUGGAUGUGGAAUGGCCCCGUCUUUCUGCUUUGGCAUUCUACAAGGUUCUCAAAUCCAGGGCUUGGCAUCGCAGAAUCCAUGAAUAUCUCAUGGACAGAUCAAUAUGAAUUGACUGAGGUCUUGCGAUCUCGUUUCCGCCUGGGUAGUAUCUCCCAGAUGGGUGGCCAGUCCACAAACGCUGUGCACUAUUUCCACUCGGUGGAGAUGGCGGAUGAAAGACCCUGCGCAAUGUGA